UCGUCCGGAUCGUCCGCGAAUUUCACACUGUGCGGCGUGACCGGCACACCGUGCACUCAUCGGGCUCCGUUAAAACAGCGCACCUCAGUUUCGCAGAGUCCGCCGACACGUUCGCGUCCUUCCGCGGAGAUUCGACGUUGUCCUUGUUCCGUCGGGGUGCGUUUACUUUCGCGCGAGGGAGCACCGUAACGAUCUCGAGAAACGGUCGCCAAUGACUUGUCGAAUGCCGCAUUUCCGGAGCGGUUCUGCGAUGUGAUCGAUGGAUAGAUUACGUGGAGUCAGGCAUCUACGGCGGCAUUUGGUUACCUUUGUGCGAUUAGGAUAGGAUAAGCUGUUGUGCUGCAUCGAAAUCACGAAGUUUGUGCAUACAGUUGUGCGCGAGAACAAUAUAUAUCCGGCAUAGCAAAUAGACCAAAUGAACGACUCGAGACUACGUUCUUUAUUCCGCGCGAACGAAGCUGAUUGCGAUACAGCUUGGAGCAUCGAGGGAAUGCAUAAUAUCUGCUUCGGAUAAAUUCCAUGCUGAGAUUACACCGAGAUAAGAAGAGGGAGGAGGAAGAGGAAGAGAAGGACGAAUUUGAAAAGUAGCCUUCUUAACAAGUUGCACGUGCAUCAGCCAGCGACUUUGCAAGGGUGCUUCGGGAGCACCUUUGCAUCAACUUUUAGAUGACAUUAAACGACGUUCAGUUUAACGAACGACUUUGCUCUUUGCUCGCUUAAAUCAACAAAUGUCUAGCACUAUGCCGAUACAACGGAAUAUCGCACCUACGAGUAGAUCGCGGACGAAGCGUUUGCACGGCACGUAACUCUUCGAGGGAACUACGAUAUCGGCGUUUUCGACAUAUAUAUCACGUGGAGAAUGCCGAAGUAAGAUCGCAUCAUGAAUUUCGCCCUGUCGACGAUCGCCGUUUGGCUGGCCUCGGUGACACCUCGUUUAAGCUAUGCGCUUGACGAUGCGGACUAUUAUUCGUCCAUGGAGAGCGGACGUUUCGAGUACGCCAACGUUACAAACUGCACGAACGACGAAUGCAUCUCGGAUGAGGAUUAUCUCGAGAUGAUGGUGGAGCACAUAUUCCCGAAGCUGUCCGACUGGGUGUUGAUCGCGAUGCACAGCAUCGUCUUCGUGGUCGGUCUGAUCGGCAACGCGCUCGUCUGUAUGGCUGUCUAUCGGAAUCAUUCCAUGAGGACCGUGACGAAUUAUUUUAUCGUGAAUCUGGCAGUGGCCGAUCUGCUCGUCUUGCUCAUCUGCCUGCCACCGUCGGUACUUUGGGAUGUCACGGAGACCUGGUUCCUCGGGCUGAAGCUCUGCAAGGCUGUGCCUUAUCUUCAGACAGUAUCGGUGAGUGUGAGCGUUUUGACGCUAACUUUCAUAUCGAUCGACCGGUGGUACGCCAUAUGCUUCCCGCUGCGGUUCAAGUCAACGACGGGCCGAGCGAAAACGGCCAUCAUAAUCAUCUGGUUAAUAGCGCUUCUCUUUGACAUUCCGGAAUUGCUGGUGUUGCAUACGGUGCCGUCAAACAGUCGAGUGCAGACUGUUCUAUUCACACAAUGCGUUUGGUCCUGGAGUCAAGAGAGCCAAACUACCUUCACCAUCGUCAAGUUGAUCCUCCUCUAUAUCGGGCCACUACUCUUCAUGAGCGUAGCGUACUGGCAGAUUGUGCGCGUCCUUUGGAGAAGCGAUAUUCCCGGACACAAUCUGUCCACCAGGGUAUACCAUUCAAACGAGAUUCCAUUGUCUGGAGGUGGAAACCCGGAGGGUCAAUUGAGAUCCCGACGGAAAGCGGCGAAGAUGCUGGUCGCCGUGGUUCUCACUUUCGCGAUAUGUUUCUUUCCGGUCCAUUUACUGUCCAUUUUAAGGUCUACCAUGGCGCUACCGUCAAAUCAAUGGACAAUCGCUAUUAGUCUAAUCGCCCACUGGCUUUGUUAUUUCAACAGUGCGGUGAAUCCUGUCAUCUAUAAUUUUAUGAGCGGAAAAUUUCGGAAGGAAUUUAAACGUACCUUUUGGUGCUCCCGCAACAGCAGAAUUGGCGCCCAUAAACGUGGAUACGCGAGUGUCUUGGAUCCUCUUAAACAACGAUCACGGAUUAACACAAGAUCGACUCACACAGUGUCCAAUAAUAAUAAUGUUCAACAAAGUACCGAAGUUAUACCUCUCAGUGCUGUAAUCAAUAUGUCGCACAGCGAGAAAAUUGGAUGAAUCGAAUUUUGUGGAAAGUACAUCACACUAAAUUUUCUUUGUUAAACUGAGGUUCACAAUUCAUGUAACGCUAUCCUUUAAUCAAUUCGCUUGUAAAUAAGCACUUACGAGGUAUCAAUCCGCACGGUGUCAUUGAAUUUGCUGCUUCAUAAACAUAUUUCGUUUCAUAUCAAUAUUGCAGGUAUAGAUAAUAAGAAUCGCAGUAGUUAGUAAUUAAAAUUAAAAUUGGUUGUUUGAACGCAUAGCAAAAUGUGAAAGAAAAAUAAAACGUGCGAAUACAACUCCGUUUGUUCCGAUGAAACUUAAGAGUUUUGGUCUAAGCUCAGUAUAUUUCUUGCGCGUCUCAUUUGUAAUGUAAUAUUUAUUUUCUAUUAUACAUUUGGACAUGUCGAUCAAAAUAUAUCUACAAAGUUUAUAAUAAAGUGUACGUAAUUCUAUCUUAAAGUUAUCAUAUAAAGUUGUUAUAUAUGAUAUUAGUUCUACAAACUGUACAAUAUAUAUAUA